AAGGGCAUUCUGACAAUCAGCUGAGUCGUCGGCGUUUUAAAAAGCAUUUUGUAAACAAAUUUUAUUAUAUUUGAGAAAUUUUCAAUUUAAAUUGUCGGAUUAGUGGUAAGGAUUAACAAUGGGUGUUUCGACGAACGAGUGGCUAUAUUGGUGUCGCCUGUGCGCUCGCGACGAUGCCAUUAUCAAAGUUCGCGCGCAGGAUGAAGAUCUUGUGAGGAUCAUCAGCAAAUGCUUCGAUGUGGAGAUGACCCUCGAGGAGCCGGAACUUGGCAGCAUGUUGUGCGAAGAGUGCUACUCGGUAAUUGGCCAGCUAAUCACAUUCUCCGAAAGCGUCAAUAAGGUACAAGCCGUUUUUGAACUGCUGCGCCACACGGAACCGCAGGACAAUCUGGAUGUCGAUGACCUGCGGCGGGAAUAUGGGCUAACGGCUACCUGCAAGCAAGAAAUGGAGUUUCUGGAGCUCAAUUUUCAAGAGGACAAAUGCUCUUCGGUUGAGGAGCAAGACUUAUCCGACCAUUCCAUUACCCCGUCACCGAAUCUUCAAGACAGGAGCCGCCCAAGGCAUAAGUUAGCCGUAGAGACCAAGCGUGAGACCGAGGAGGUUUAUACACCCAUCCAUUCCAAUGCUUCAUCGCCAGAAAUUCAACCAAAGCGCGCUCGCAGAAAAGAUAAUCUCAAUCAGCAUGAAUACCGUCUAGAUGAGGAGGAUAUGCAUGAAGAAGAUGAGGUAUUUAACCUGUCCGAGGGUGAAACCACUGAACUGCAGCCUGUUAAGCGAAAACGUGGAAGACCCAGGGGUUCUUUCAAGCGGCAGAAGCUAAAUGAUAGCAAGAUUGUAACUCCACCGAAACGCAUUGUUAAAAGACAACCAGCGAAAAAUCUCACUACAGCCAGUGUACUAGAAGGAGUCUCCGAAAGUUAUUGUCCCAGCAACGAUUACAAUUGCAAGGCGUGCAACGAGUCCUUUAUGUCCUUCAUGGCUCUGCGUAGGCACAAACAUGACAUGCACGGUGGUCCAAAAAAAUUCGUUUGCGAUUAUUGUGGCAAAGCACUAAAGACGUUUACUUCGCUGGUGGAGCACCAACUGGUCCACACCGAUGAGAAACCCUGCGUCUGUCCCGUUUGCAACGCCGGCUUCAAAAACAAAGCGAGACUGAGGGUGCACAGCCAGACGCAUGGAGAACCAAAGUUUGCAUGCGAAAUCUGCGGCAAAAGGCUACAGACCCGUGCGAUUCUCAACAAGCACAAGUAUGUGCACUCCGAGGAGCGGCGCUUCAAGUGCGAGGUCUGUGGCAGUGGCUGUAAGAAUUCCACUGCCCUGAAGAUCCACCUUCUUGGCCACACAGGUCUGAGGCCCUAUGUUUGCAAAUACUGCGGCAAGGCGUUCGCCAGCAACACCAAUUGCCGCUCACACAAGUGGAAAAAGCAUCCGAACGAGGUUUCCAAGGAAGAUGAAAGCGAGUCCUCACGGGUUCCAGUGCCCACUUUGGAGGAACUGCGGGCCAUAACGCACGAAAUGGCGAAAACCAACAAGGAAGUUUAGAGCAUGGAUUUACAUUUUAUUUUAACUUUCAUUUUCCCACACACCAUUUAAAUAUAUGUAUGUUAUCUGUAAAAAUAAAGUAAUACUUAAGAAACAA